AUGGCGGCGGCGGGGCCCUUCGCGCUGGUGACCAGCUGCGCCGCCGGCUUCGCGGCCGAGGAGGUCGUCAAACGUAUCACAGGAAGAGAUGAUCUCACUGUAGGUGCAGUUGCAAGUGGAAGAGUGAAUUUUUAUCCCUGGACAAUAGACAAUAAAUACUACUCAGCAGACAUUCAUCUGUGUGUAGUACCCAACACGUUUCAUGUUACUGCAGAUAUUGCUGAAUCUGUGCAAGCAUUCGUUGUGUACUUCGACAGCACAGCAAAAUCUGGACUUGAUAGUGUCUCUGAAUGGCUUCCCCUGACAGAAGAGUGGUUACCAGAAGUCAUGAUCCUGGUUUGUAACAGAGUUUCUGAAAACGGUGUUAACAGACAGAAAGCUCAAGAAUGGUGCAUCAAACAUGGCUUUGAACUGGUGGAACUUAACCCUGAGGAGCUGCCUGAUGAAGAUGAUGAUUUUCCAGAGUCCACUGGAGUGAAACGAAUCGUACAAGCCUUGAAUGCCAACGUGUGGUCCAACGUUGUCAUGAAGAGUGACAGGACCCAGGGCUUUGGUCUGCUCAGUUCCUUAGCAGGUGCAAACUGUAGCAUUGGGUCAGAAGAAAACCAAGACACAGAAUCCAAUCCGACCUCAGCAGAUGGAGAAGAGUCCCAGUUAGACAGCAGAGAAGAUGGAGCGAGCACCAACGGCCUACAGACUGACAGCAUGGAGGACCCCACGUUAGAUACAGACAUUCAGGAGUUAGCCAACCUCACCACGAGAGACGGCGACCUGGAGAACUUUGAAAGGCUCUUUACAAAGCUGAAGGAAAUGAAAGAUAAAGCUGCCACAUUGCCUCACGAACAAAGGAAACUACAUGCAGAAAAGGUGGCCAAAGCAUUCUGGAUGGCCAUCGGCGGGGACAGAGAUGAAAUCGAAGGUCUCUCCUCGGAUGAAGAAAACUGAGCUCUGUAGCUGCAGGCAUCAGAGCAGUGC